GUAACCGAGCGUCAGAUGAGUUUGGUCAAAGUGAGUCAGCAGUGUUACAGUGAGUGUUACACUGCGAGUGGACAGACAUGGAGAGCUUCUUGAAGCAACUGGUCCAGGGCAAGGCUUUGCUCUUCAUCAUCGUUCUUGGUUUGGGAGGAUCUUUUCAGAUGGGAUGCCACAACACACUGAUCAGCUCUCCAUCUCCAUUCAUUAAGAGGUUUAUAAACAGUAGCUGGACUCUGAGGUAUGGCGAAGCUCCAGGAGAAGGCACGCUCACGCUCAUCUGGGCCGCAGUCGUGGCCUUUUACUCUGUCGGAGGCCUCUGCGGUGCCAUGAGUAUCCGCUGUGUCCUCAGUCUUCUGGGGAGAAAUAAAGCAAUGAUCUGGAACAAUGCACUCAACGUCGUCUCUUUAACCAUCAUGAUGACAAGCAAAGUUGCAAAUUCAUUUGAGAUGAUCAUGCUGUCUCGCUUCCUGUUCGGUGUAACCUCAGGAUUAGCUGUGGGCAUCCAUUCCAUCUACCUCGGAGAGAGCGCACCCAAGAAAAUAAGAGGGACAGUGUCAGUAACAUUGGCUAUUUUCACUAGCAUCGGAAAGCUGACGGGGCAGAUUGUAGGUCUGAGUGAGAUCCUGGGUCAAGAGGAGUCGUGGACCAUCCUGUUCUGUGUUCCGGCAUUUUUCUCUUUCAUUCAGAUGGUAACGCUGCCCUUCUUUCCUGAAGCGCCAAGAUAUUUACUGAUAGAGAAAGGGAAACUUGAGGAAUGUAAGAAAGCGCUGCAGUGCCUGUGGGGUCCGGGUGAAUAUAAACUGGAGAUUGAGGAGAUGCAGGUGGAGCAGGCCACUCUGAAAGGACAACGCAGUAAGAGUCUGCUCGAGCUGCUGAGAGACUCGCGUGUCCGCUGGCAGUGUCUCUCUGUGGUCAUCCUCUAUGAAUCCAUCCAGUUCUCCGGUAUCAGAGGAAUCAGCGUUUUUACUUACAGCAUCUUCCAGGAAGCUGGUAUUCCCGUGGAUAAGAUCCGGUACAUCACUCUGGGCAUUGGGUUCUCAGAAAUCCUCACCAGCAUCAUGUGUAGCCUGGUGAUUGACCGUGUUGGAAGGCGAGUGUUGGUUUGGGGAGGUUUUGGGAUCAUGGGGGCCAUUAUGCUAUUGCUCACCAUCACUCUUCAUCUAAAGGAUUAUGAUUUUUGGGUUCCGUACUGCACAGUCGGCCUCGUAUUUCUGUUUGUCAUCUCUCACGGAGGAGGACCAGCUGGGGUCAGCAUGCCGCUCAGUCACGAGAUGUUUGUCCAGUCAUACCGCUCUGCUGCGUUCGUGUUAAUUGGAGUUAUAGUAUGGGGAAGCUUCGCUGUAUUUGGCUUCAUUUUUCCAUUUUUUCUUAAUGCUAUGAAGUCCUUCAGCUUUUUGAUCUUUUCGUGUGUUUGUCUGGCGGCAUCCCUCUACAUGUUCUUCAUCUUGCCAGAAACAAAGGGCAAAACUCCACUGGAAAUCGCUGAGGAUUUUGGAAAAAUCAGAGUGUGUGGCUCUCGGACUGACACGGAAGAAAAAUUUUUGGAGACAAAGUUGUGAAAACAAACAAUUUAAAAAACAAAAAAGGACAGAUGUGAAAUGGUUUAUUGAUUCCAUGCUCUGCAUUAUUAUUAUUAUUAUUAUUAUUAUUAUUAUUUGCAUAACUGUAAGAAUUUUUUAAUUGUAUGUUUAUAAUUUAUUUUAUUUGUUCAAAUAUUAAUACUAAAAUGAUCUCAGUAUCGUAAAACCAUGCAGUACUGAGGCAGCUCUGUAACCGUUUUGUAAUUUCCAUCUUUCUAUAUGACAUUUUACUCUUUUAUAGGAAGAGUUUAAGAUUAACCUGUUUUACAAUCAAAUCCUUCAUCACACUCUUCAUCAGUUAAAUUGCCUGUGCGGAGAGAUUGUGAAUUCUGCUCUGCAUUUGCUACAACUGCAAAAAUGACAUUAAACCUGAAUUUACUAAAAGAA